AUGACCAACGAACUCCUGAUUCAAAUGCAUUCGUACCGUUUGAACGGCCUCAUUGACCGGUCUCUUGGGACUACCCGCUACGCCUUCUCCACCGGCUUCAGUUCCAAGAACCAAACCACCAUCGUCAACUACACAUCCGCACUAUCCCGUUUCGGCCUCGCCCACCUGAACCAACAAACCAACAUCUCUUCCCCCUUCAUCAGCGUGUACGACAACCUAGCCCAUGCAGAAGCCGUCGCCAAGCACUUCGGAGAGCGCUAUGGCGAGGACACCUGGGUUGUUACCGUAGAUCCCGCGCACUUUGCUAGAGGUCCAGUGUUUCGCGCUGCGGACCUGCUGAAGGAUGCCGCCGGUAGCAAAGAGGUAGCAGCGGAGUGGUUGCAUUAUGGUGAGUAUCUGGUCAUGUAUCGCAUCCCGCCGCAGGCGAUACGAGAUGAGACGCCUGUCUGUAGGGGCACGGCUCAGCGGAGGGCAGUGGGCGUGAUCGGUGGUGGAAAGUAA